ACAUCGUUUCAAUACCACAAAACAUUGCGACUCGUGUUUAAUAGAGUUUACCGAUAAGUUAGUAAAAGUCAAGGAUCAUAAUCAUUGGACGGCAAAAUUUCGAGCUGUUUUAUGCCACAAAUGUAAUUUACAACGACGAUAUUCCGCAUUCAUACCAGUUAUCAUGCAUGGUCUUUCAAACUAUGACUCGCACAUGAUAAUACCAGAAAUGGCUUACGACAAUAAAGACAUUACUGUUAUAGCACAAUCCGAAGAAAAAUAUAUUUCGUUCAGUAAGACAAUAAGCGAUUAUUUUCAACUUCGAUUUAUAGAUUCAUAUCGAUUUUUGCAAGCGAGUUUGUAUCAACUUAUAACCACCUUGACUUUACUUGAUUUUGCACAUACAUUAAAUGUCUUUAAAUCGUUGGAGUUGGUCACACGGAAAUCGGUUUUCCUAUACGAAUACGUAGACAGUUGGGAAAAACUCGACGAAAACCAGUUGCCAACCCGCGAAAAUGUUUACAGUUCCAUUACGAAAACUACAGUAUCCGAAGAGGACUAUGAACAUGCAAAAAAAAUAUGGCAACACUUUGUAUGCAAAACUAUUGGUGAUUACAGUGACAAUUAUUUACUUGUCGACGUUAUGGUACUUGCUGACAUAUUUGAAAAGUUUCGCGCGGAGAGUUUGAAAAAUUAUUCUCUGGAUCCCACUCGUUAUAACUCAUGUCCAGCCCUAUCAUUUGAUACUAUGUUAAAAUAUACUGAUGUCAACAUUGAAUUGAUAACAGACCCAGAUAUGUUAUUAAUAUUUGAAUUGGGUAUACGUGGAGGUUUGACACAAGUAUGUGUGAUGACACGGCCACGGCGUUGUCACACGUUGACACCCCGCGGUCGUAUCAGCUCCUUCUCAGCCACCGCUUCACUGUAAACCGGACCGUUACAGACACGCGUUAUCGUCGUGGUGUAAAGUCCAACAAAUGCAUAGCGUCGAAUACCCCGCCGCAAUAAUACGUCCAGUUAGUCAUCUUCGUGACAUUUAUCUCUGUGGUUACGCCGUCCGUCCAAAAAUUCAACCGAAACCAUCCCAGUGCGACUUUGUUAAUAAUAGUAUUAUUGUUAAUUUUGGUUUAAUUUUUCUGGUUCUAUUUUAUCUUUUUUUUGUUUUGUGUAACACUUUUCUUGAUUAAACGGCUUUACGCCAUCUAAAGAACGAUCUGGUUGUUUGAUUUCUUUUCUUCUUUGAUUACGACGUUAGUC